AAUAUAAUGCAUAAAUUCACAUUUAAUAUGAAUAGAUAGCAACUAUUUAUAAAAUGAAUAAAGUAGACUUGGUUAUCCAUUUUAUCCUCUACAAUAGAGAGAUUAUCUUUGUCAAACCGUCAGAAUAUAAAAAAUACUUGAUAAUGUUUAAUAUUACAAGCAUACAUCUUAUACAAAUCUAUAAUCUCUACUAUUGCGGCUAUAAUCAAAACUGGUUUACUAUCAGUAUAUCCUAAAGCUUUUUUUUUAAAAGAGAGACUCAUAUAAAUUGAAUAAGUACAUUAAACAGCGCCAUCAUGUCAAUUUUAAAAUUG